UUGUUGUUCAUCGUCAACAUGAGGUUCCAGCUUGUCCUGUCGGCCACAUUGGCCGCCUCGGUUAGCGCAAAUCCUCUCAGCAAGAGAGCUGCCAUCGACGACUGCCUCAAGUCGGCUGGGGUCCCUGUUGAUACCCGCGGCUCCAACGACUGGACCUCGGAUGUUCGGCCCUUUAACCAGAGGUUGCCUUACACGCCGGUUGCUAUCGCGGUGCCGACGUCGGUCGAGCACGUGCAGGGCGCCGUGUCCUGCGCGGCAAAGGUCGGCCUCAAGGUGAACCCCAAGUCGGGCGGACAUAGUUACGCAUCCUUCGGCCUCGGCGGAGAAAACGGCCAUCUCAUCGUCGAGCUCGACCGCAUGAGCAAGGUCACCCUCGACUCGUCAACAAAUAUUGCAACCGUCCAGGCCGGUGCUCGGCUCGGCCAUGUUGCAACUGCCUUGUAUAAUCAGGGCAAGAGGGCUUUCAGCCACGGAACAUGUCCAGGUGUUGGCGUAGGCGGGCAUUCUCUGCACGGUGGCUUUGGCUUCAGCUCGCACACGUACGGCCUUGCGGUGGACUGGAUUGUCGGUGCCACCGUCGUUCUCGCCAACGGAACCGUCGUUGAGACCUCGGAGACAGUCAACCCUCAGCUCUUCUGGGCCAUGCGCGGCGCCGGAUCCAGCUUCGGAAUCGUGGUUGUCUUCAAGUUCAACACGUUCGCCGCACCGUCCCAGGUCACCGCCUUCCAGGUGAAUCUGCCAUGGAACAGCGCGUCGUCAAUUGCCUCGGGGUGGACGACAAUCCAGGACUGGGUGCAGAACACCAUGCCCAAGGAGAUGAACGCGCGCGUCUUUGGCAGUCCCUCCCAGACGCAGAUUCAGGGCCUCUACCACGGCAACUCGAACAACAUGCGAACUGCCAUCCAGCCGCUUCUCAGCAAGCUCGGUGCUUCGCUUUCCAACUCCCAACAGUACGACUGGAUGGGUGCCUUUUCGUAUUACACAUACGGGGGCACCGUCGACGUCACCCACCCGUACAACUCGGUCGAGACAUUUUACUCCAAGAGCUUGGUGACGACGGCUCUCCCCAGCAGCGUCAUGCAAAACGUCGGACAAUACUGGAUGUCGAGGGCCAAGAGCACCAACCGCGACUGGUACAUCAUCAUCGACUUUUACGGCGGCGUGAACUCGGCAACCACCAAGGUGCCGGCCAACGCGACGUCGUACGCCUACAGGGGCGACAAGCUCUGGCUUUACGAGUUCUACGACCGCGUCAACUCCGGGUCGUACCCCUCAAACGGCUUUAGCUUCCUCGACGGCUGGGUGAAGACGUUCACCGACGGACUCACCACGUCCCAGUGGGGCAUGUAUAUCAACUACGCGGAUCCGACCAUGUCUCGGGCCGAUGCGCAAAACGUCUACUAUCGCCAGAGCCUGAACAAGCUGAAGGUGCUCAAGGCGCAGUAUGACCCGACCGAGGUUUUCUACUACCCGCAAUCCAUCGAGCCGGCCACCUUGACGUAGUUGUCUGGCCCCGUUGGCCGGUCUGACGUGAAUUAGUGUCUAAUACUGAAGCGUCGAGAAAGGGCACGCAAAGCAGACAUUCGAAUCAAGACAGAA